AUGACAGAAAAACGAAGAAAAAUACAGCCCAGGCCUCAUGUGCCUAAACUACGUUUCGGCAAAGUCAACUCACCUCAGCUCAGUCGAGGCACAAUAGAGCCACCUCACGUUGCCUCAAGCCUAGGUAACAUGGAAGGCAAAAAAUGGAAAGGGAAGAGAGAGAAGGACAAGGACGAGGAGAAGGAGCUAGAGAAGGAGAAGGAGGAGGAGGAGAAAGUCGCAUUUGAGAAAGACACUGGUAGACAUUGCCAGAAGACAAAGUCAAGCAUCUCAAGCUUGAAGCCAGUUAACAGCCCUCAAGUUUCACAGAUAAAUUAG